AGUCCAAUCAAAAGUGAGAAGCUGGUGAGGCUGUGGAAGAGCCUGGACUGACACCAGGUAGAGUACAACACUCACCAAGUGGUGCACACUGUUACCUCCGUCUGACCAGUCACCAUGAAAACAGUAUUGGCCAUCUUCAUCUCCCUUCUGUCCGCAGCAACUGCCCAGUGUCCCAGCGGCUACAUUCACCAUGACCAGUCGUGCUACGUCAUCCCGAUGGCAGAGGGGUCAUGGGCUGAUGGCAUGACGUUGUGUCGGCAGCUGGGAGGACAGCUGGCGGUCAUAGACACGGCGGCGGAGCAGACGUUUGUGGAGGGCUUAUUGAAGCGCUAUGGAGCCGGAUACCCUAAUGAUGCCGACUUCUGGGUGGGUGGCGGUGAUUUCCUGGUUGACGGUGACUGGCGGUGGAUCAUGAAGAACCAGGCCAUCGAUCCCCACGUGUCCUACUGGGCCCCAGGGGAGCCUGACAACGGAGGGGGACCACAGGGUUGUCUCCGCAUUUCCGCCGCCCUCAACUACAAGUGGGAGUCUGGCGACUGUGACUCCGUGGAAUAUGCUGUGUGUGAACAACCGGUACGAAGCGAAGUGGGAGUUGGUAAAUAAUGUGGCGCCAUCUACAAGGAUCCUGGCGUUUGAUGAUGUCUGCUUCAUUUCAAUUAGGAAAGCUUUCUGCAAUCACCACAGUUGAAAGUUGUCGACUCUAAUAAAGACUAUGCUGUAAAUGAAUCAAGCUAAAAAGAGUUUUUUUCUUCCUUUUGCCGGCUCCGACCUCGUCAGGGUUUCCCCCCACUGACAAGGGGACAUAAUUAUUAAUUCACUUCAUUUUGUGUUUUUGUGUAUAAUUCUCUCAAAAAUAUUUGAUUUUUUUCAAUGAUUAUUCGGGACACGUCGAACCCUUAUAAAUUGUAUUGAUUUCCUUGCUUUUGCUUCAAAUUCUGAUCAUCACUGCCUAAUAUAAGAAGGGCUCACGGUAAGAAAUAAAAACAACUAAGUACUUCA